AUGUACACUUCUAUCUUAUUUCAAGCGGCAUUACUGUCCGUCGCUCAAGCCCACGGUGUUAUCCUUGCUGCGCAGGGUAUUGCAGGUUCCCCCGCAAGUGUUGGAUUUAAAGUCGAUGAUGCUAUCGCCAGAAAUUGUACCGGCAUCAGUCCGUGCCAACAAGACACCACCAUCAUUCGGGAUUCCGAAAUCGCCGCCAACAUUGUCAACGAAUGCGGACGUACCGAAUUGAGCGGCAACAUCGAUGUCGGAGAGAACACGGAAAACGCCAUCUCCGCCAAAGCCGUCACGCAAGUCAAAGCCGGUACAGAGAUGACCGUCACCAUCCACCAAGUCAACGCCGAUGGAGCCGGUCCCUACGCCUGUGACCUCGACCAAACCAGCAACGCCGGUACCAUCUCCCAAAACCUCACCGUUACCAACAACGUUCCCGGUGUCAACGGUCUCUCCCAAGCCAAAACCGAAGACUUCAACAUCACCGUCAAAAUGCCCGAUAACCUCGCCUGCACCGGUGCCUCCACGGGAAACAUUUGCACCGUUCGAUGCCGCAACAACGCGAUUGCCGGUCCCUUUGGCGGUUGCUUCGCCGUUCAGCAAACCGAUGUGAAAGCCAGUAAAAACACCGCCAACACUAUUAAAACCGCCCAAACACUCAAAGGCAUCCAAGCACAAGUCCAGGAAAACAACGUCGAUCUCCCCGUUGCCGUUGCCGCCAAUCAAGCCGACGGGUCCGCGGAAGGUGUUAAGGGCUUCGGUGGUGCUAAUGCCAUCCUCAGCGCCUCCGUAACAUCCAAAGCCGCCCCCGUCAUGACCCUCUCCGUCGAUAACGUCGGAGUCAACGCCGCCGCCGCCACAACCGCUUCUUCCGCCACAGCAAAAGCUACUACUGCCGCCAAGGGCAAUGGAAAUGGAAAUGGAAAGGGAAAUGCCAAGGGCAAUGGAGACGGAAACAAAAAUGGAAACGGAAAUGGAAAUGGAAAUGGGAACGGAAAAAAUAAUAAUAAAGCAAGAGGAUCAAGUCUAAAAUGGGCAAGUCGAUUAUUCUCAGCAGAUAGCUGGGAAGAACCUUCAAACUAG